AUGCUCCAACCCUACUCCGCCCGCGGCCAAAUCCGCACCCUCCAGCACCAAUACCACACCUUCGGCCAGCAACGCCGCGACACCCUAAAGCGCCUCCGCCAGACACGCACAAUGUACAUGAUCGCCUACGACCACGUCGGCAAGGGCGUCUGGGACAACGGGGCCUGGAAGAAAGACAAGGGCCUCCGCCUGCUGGCCAAGAAUUUGAGGAGGCUGGAGGGGCAGGAGAGGGUCCUGAGGGAGAGGCUAGGGGUACUAGAGAGCGAGGCGUGGGAGUGUUUUGGGAGGAUUGGGAGGAUGGUGCCGGCGUUGGUGCAGAGGGGGGAGGGGACGAGGGAGGAAGUGGAGAGGGGGGGGAGGGAGGGGUUUAGUUUUGAAGUUUAG